AUGGCCCCUUCGCUCGUUACCAUCGGCACUGCUGCCUUGGCCUUGGCUGGUGAUGUUGCUGCCAAGAAGUUUUCUCUGGCCGAUACGUACGAUUCGACCAACUUCUUCAGCAAGUUCACCUUCUUCGAGAGCAACUACAACACCUCGAACUACAACGACGUCGACCCAACUUCGGGCUACAUCAACUACCGCUCCCAGGCGGAUGCCCAAGCCCUGGGUCUCGCGUCCACCGCCGGUGGCGAGAUCUACCUGGGCCUCGACGCCAAGAGUAUCACCCAGUUCCCUGGUGUUGGUCGCUCCAGUGUGAGACUUGAGAGCAAGGAAGUCUACAACAAGGCUCUGAUUGUCGCUCGCUUCUCCCACUUGCCCAAGCCCGUCUGUGGUGCUUGGCCUGCCUUCUGGUCGUACGGUUCGCCUUGGCCCACGAAGGGAGAGCUCGAUUGGUUCGAAGGCUGGAACCUUAACAAGGUCAACAAGCCCGCCGCUCACACCUACAAGUCCUCGGAACAAGGCCAGUGCCUCAUCAGCUCGACUGGCCAGACUGCCCAGGUGGACACGCCCAACUGUGAUCAGGAGGCGCCCAACCAGUAUUCCAACCAAGGUUGCACAACCUCGACCACCUCCUCUGACCCCUACGGCUCCUCCGAUGGCGGUGUCUACGCUGUUGAGUGGACCGACGAUUACAUCAAGUUCUUCUCCUGGCGAUGGGGCUCGGUUCCGGACAACGUCAACUCCGACUCCCCUGACACCGCCACCUGGGGCACUCCCAGCAUGCUGAUCGCCAACGAUGCCUGCAACAUCAACAGCCACUUCAAGGACCAGAGACUCGUCAUUAACAUCGGCAUGUGUGGUGUGCUUGCCGGAAAUGAUGGAGUCUGGGGUAGCGAAUGCAAGGCCGCCACAGGCCAUGCUGUUUGCUCUACCUACGCCGCUACGAACCCAUCGGCUUUCAGCGACACAUAUUUCAAGGUCAAGGACAUCCGCAUCUUCAAGGAGGGCGGUCAGACUUCCUCCACUGUCUCCUCCUCUGCCUCUUCCACGGCGUCCUCGUCCGCUUCUUCCUCCGCCUCCGCCUCCGCAUCUGCCAGCCAGUCUUCUUCCGCCAGCGCAUCGGCUUCUAGCCUCUCUGCCACCGAUUCUGCUAGUACCAGUGCCACUGCGUCUGCUUCGGUCAGCGGCUCCGCCUCUUCUCAGGCCUCAGGCUCUGCCUCAUCUGCCGCCGCUUCUGGGUCUGCCGCUGCUUCCGGAUCUGCUGUUGCCUCUGGCUCUGCUUCCUCCGACAUUGCUUCCGCUUCCGCGUCCGCUUCCGCUUCCGCUUCCGCUUCUUCCCAAGCAUCCGGCUCCGGGUCCAGCGGAGCUUCCGUCUCUUCUGCUGCUGCCUCUGCUUCCGGCUCUGUCACCGAUGCCGGCACUGGUCCCGUCUCUGGAACCGCCAGCGCGUUCUCGACCAUCACCAACAACUGGAACCAAACUUCCGUCAUCCCCGCUCCCACCCCUGUUGUCUCUUCGUCCUCCGUCGUCCAGUUGACUACCUCAACAGUCUUCACCACCCAGGUUUCCACUGUGACCUCUUGCGCCCCAACCGUCACAAACUGCCCAGUCGGCGCCGUCGUGACCAAGACCAUUGCCCUUUACACUACCGUUUGCCCCGUCACCGCCGCGGUCAAGACUACCUCCGCCAAGGGCAAUGGCAAGGCUUCGACCAAGGUGAACAAGAGCAACACCACGAAGGCCACCACAAAGGUCAACAAAAACACCACCAAGCCCACCACCAAGACGAACCCCCCUGGCGUCAGGACCACCGUCCUCACUAAGACCUACACCAUCACCAAGUGCCCUGCCUCCGUCCCCAACUGCCCCAUCGGCAGCGUCACGACCAAGACUGUCACAGAGGUCACGACCCCUGGUGUUCCGGCCACACCCAAGACCACCCCCGCGACCAAGGUCACCAAGGUCAUCACUGUCAGCACCACUUCUGCUAAGACCACGGGCGGCAGCAACACGAACAAGAGCAACAACAGCAACAACGGCGGUGGCAGCAACACAAACAAGAGCAACAACGGCAACACUUACAGCAACUCCACCACCACGGUCACCAAGUCAUCCACCGUGUCCAGCGCCAAGGCCUCUGGCACCGCCCCUGGCGCUUCCACCACGGUCUGCUCCGGCGCCAGCUGCCCGGCGACGACGAAGCUCGUCAUCACCAACAACGCCGUCCAGGCUGGCGUCGGCUUUGCCCUCAUGGCGGUCGGCGCUUUUGCCGUCUUCGUUCUGUAA